AUGCCUUCAUUGUCAUCUUCUUUGUUCAAAGCCUGUAAAUCCAAUCGACGCGAACUUGUGCACAAAUCCAUGUGUUUUAGUUUUGAUCUAUUGUGGACCAAACCUUGCAUAGUUGUAGGGUUUAGAUUCAACGGAAAGACAAGAACAUGGGAUGGUUGCAUAUGUGGGUUCACCGGUGAGGGCAAAUCCCCAAAACGAACCACAUGGUGCAAAUCGAUGGCGCCUAUAGUGCAAAUGGUGCAUAUAGGCGGCGUCAAGUGGUUUCCAACGAUGGUGGAUUUUCAUAAAAUGAUGGCGUUUGGUGGUCGUCGGACGUAUACCAACCGUGGGGGUGGUAGUGUUUGUCGGCGUCAAUUCGUUGAUUCUGAAUCUCGAUGUCAACAGAUCUAA